GCCCUCCCGAGGCCCCGCCUGCCCGCCGGGAGCCACCCAGUAAGCCCCUCUGAGAUUGGGCGAGCGACGGCGGCCCAGGCCGGGUCAGAGGCCUCGGGCAGGGCAGGUCGUUCUGGUGUUCCUGGGGCGGGCCAUCCCAGGCAGCCAAGCGUGCCCUACUCCGGUAAUUCCCCGCCUCCCGGCUCUGCAUUCUCGCUGGCCUCCUCUUUCCUGGGAAGAUGUUCCUGGUGGGCCUGACAGGGGGCAUCGCCUCAGGCAAGAGCUCGGUGAUCCAGGUGUUCCAGCAGCUGGGUUGUGCGGUGGUUGAUGUUGACGUCAUCGCCCGGCACGUUGUCCAGCCAGGAUACCCCGCCCACCGGCGCAUCGUGGAGGCCUUCGGCACCGAGGUCUUGCUGGAGAAUGGUAACAUCGAUCGCAAGGUCCUAGGGGACCUGAUCUUCAACCAGCCCGACCGGCGGCAUCUACUCAACACCAUCACCCACCCUGAGAUCCGCAAGGAAAUGAUGAAGGAGACCUUCAAGUACUUCCUCCGAGGAUAUCGCUAUGUGAUUCUGGAUAUCCCCCUGCUGUUUGAGACCAAGAAGCUGCUCAAGUACAUGAAGCACACAGUGGUCGUGUACUGUGACCGGGACACACAGCUGGCGCGGCUGAUGCGGCGGAACCACCUGAACCGCGAGGACGCGGAGGCCCGGAUCAAGGCCCAGCUGCCCCUGAAAGACAAGGCCCGCAUGGCCCACCACGUCCUAGACAACUCGGGGGAGUGGAGCGUCACCAAACGCCAGGUGAUCCUCCUGCAUGCUGAGCUGGAGCGCUCCCUGGAGUACCUGCCACUGAGGCUGGGGGUCCUGACAGGUCUAGCCGGCAUUGCGGGCCUCCUCUACCUGCUCGCCCGCUACCUCCUGCCCUCCCCCUAGCUGGGCACUCCCAGCGCAGGAGGCCCCAGGCCUUGAUCUCCUCAGAGGCUGAAGCAGGUAACAACUGCAUCCUGUUUCCUCCCUAGCCCCUCAGCACACACGCCCUCUGAAUCUGGGCUGAGCCCUGCACUGGGCCGACCCUUCUUUGGAGUGCAUCCUGUCUGAGGCAGAGAAACAACCCUCUGUCAGUAGAUACUCCUCCUCACCUUCCCUCGGGCCCCUCCCUCUGGAACCACGAAUGGUAUCCGUGAUGGGGCGUGAAAGCGAUGGUGGGAAACUGUGUCAAUUUCUUGGGGAUGCGGGUGAGAAGCACUCUCUGUGUGGCCAUCGGCAGUGUUUAAGCUGGGAGGUUCCCUGGGGCCUGAACCCUCUCCAAGCACAUGCCCCAUCAUGACCGAAACCUGCCACGUGGAGCAGGGAAAUAAUUUUGGACCAACGGCUGCCACCUUCGGACAGGAUUCUCUAGGUUGAAGCCCCGGGCCGGGAUGCAGUGAGAACUCCCUCGUAGGUAAUGCUGUAGCUGGGCCCCUCGGGGGAUGACCCACUGCCCCACCUUGGCGUUUCUCCCGCAUUCCCCACACCUGCUCACCACCUGCCACCAGUCUGCCUCCCACUCCGUGUCCUCUUUGCCCUGAACUCUUGGUAGCCCACACGCAGCAGGCCGUUUCUUGCCCCUGUGCCUUCUCUGUGCUGUUCCCUUACCUAGAAUACCUUUUGUUUCUCUGCAGUGGGUUAACUCCCAGCUCAAGCACCAUCUGAAGCCCCAGGCUGGGUCAGGUGCUCUGGGAUAGCCUCCUUCUCUCCCCUCCUCCGUGUUUUACUUUAAUCCACAGAACUGUAAUCCGCCAAAAGCUGGGUGGUCUCUCCUACUAGACUGUAAGCCCCUAGAGGGUAGGGACUGUUCAUCUCUGUGUUUCUGGCGCAGAACCUGACUUGCCGUGGGUGCUUAAUAAAGUGUUGAUCUGAAA